AGCGAAGGCAGGGGACCCGGAAGUACGGUAGCCCUUCUGAGCACGUGAUGGGGGAAGCCACGGCUGACGUCACGUGAUCGCCCCACCUCCCACUGGAAGGUGCGGAACGCUCGGCUGCUCUUAAAGAUCCCCGUCUGUCUCGUUGGAGCCGACCCUGGACCCUCGUUGACGUUGGACCCUUCGGGGCAUCCGCACUGGAUGUCAUGGGAGGCUGUGCGGGCUCGCGGGGACACCUUUCGGAUUCCGACAGCGAGGAGACCGCCUCGGAGCCUCAGGCCCCUCUGUUGGGUAGUCAGGGCGCCCAUUGGAAGAAUGCGGUGGGAUUCUGGUUUCUGGGCCUUUGUAACAACUUCUCCUAUGUGGUAAUGCUCAGUGCUGCACAUGACAUCCUUAGCCACAAGAAGGAAGCUGGGAAUCAUACCCAUGUGGAUCCAGGCCCAAUACCCAUCCCACACAAUGGCUCAUCUCGGUUCGAUUGCAACUCUGUCUCCACAGCUGCGGUGCUCCUGGCAGACAUCCUCCCCACCCUCCUCAUCAAAUUUCUGGCUCCUCUGGGCCUUCACCUGCUGCCCUACAGCCCUCGAGUUCUGGUCAGUGGAAUUUGUUCUGCUGGCAGCUUUGUCCUGGUGGCCUUUUCUCAUUCAGUGUGGGUCAGCCUGUGUGGUGUGGUAUUAGCCAGCAUCUCCUCAGGCCUGGGGGAGGUCACUUUCCUCUCUCUUACCGCCUUCUACUCCAGGGCUGUGAUCUCCUGGUGGUCCUCAGGCACUGGGGGUGCAGGCUUGCUGGGGGCACUGUCCUAUCUGGGCCUUACCCAGGCUGGCCUCUCUCCUCAACACACCCUGCUUUCCAUGCUGGGGAUCCCUAUCUUGCUGCUGGCCAGCUAUUUCUUGUUGCUCACGGCUCCUGAGCACGACCCUAGAAGGGAAGAAGAGGCAGACACCGCAGCUCAGCAGCCCCUCAUAGGCGUGGAUGCCCCAGCAUGUAAACCAAACUUCGGCUGGAACCUCUCUCUCCAGGAAAGGUGGACCGUGUUCAAGGGACUGCUGUCCUACAUCAUCCCCUUGGUGCUGGUCUACUUUGCUGAGUACUUCAUCAACCAGGGCCUUUUCGAGCUCCUGUUUUUCCAGAACACAUCCCUGAGUCACCCUCAGCAGUACCGCUGGUACCAGAUGCUGUACCAGGCUGGCGUAUUUGUCUCACGUUCUUCUCUCCGCUGCUGUCACAUCCGUUUGACCUGGAUCCUGGCCCUGCUGCAAUGCCUCAAUCUGGCCUUCCUGCUGGCAGACAUAUUUCUGAGGUUCCUGCCCAGCAUCUACAUUGUCUUUCUGAUUGUUGUGUAUGAAGGGCUGCUGGGGGGCGCGGCCUACGUGAACACCUUCCACAACAUUGCUGUAGAGACAAGUGACAAGCAUCGGGAAUUUGCCAUGGCCGCCGCGUGUAUCUCUGACACCUUGGGGAUCUCCCUGUCAGGGGCCCUGGCCAUACCUGUGCAUAAUUUCCUCUGCCGCCUCCCAUAACACUCAAGCUGCUCGGAAUAUCACCAUGGAAUCCAGGCCCACCGUAGAACUCAGGGCCUUCCCUACCAGACUAGGGGUGGGUCAGGAAGUACUUUCAAUAAAUGAUUAUUUUAUCAGC